AUGCCCACACAAUGGAGAACCAUUGCCCCGAUUGUUGGCCGUACUCCAUCUCAGUGCCUUGAACGGUAUGAAAAACUCCUUGAUGCAGCAUGUGCAAAGGAUGAGAAUUAUGAACCGGGUGACGACCCCCGUAAAUUACGUCCUGGAGAGAUUGAUCCCAAUCCAGAAUCCAAACCUGCUCGUCCUGAUCCUGUGGAUAUGGAUGAAGAUGAGAAAGAGAUGCUCUCUGAAGCACGUGCACGGUUAGCCAACACGAGGGGCAAGAAGGCAAAAAGGAAAGCUAGGGAAAAGCAACUCGAAGAGGCAAGGAGGCUUGCCUCGUUACAGAAAAGAAGAGAACUAAAGGCUGCUGGUAUUGAUAUUCGGCACAGGAAGAGGAAAAGAAAGGGAAUUGACUACAAUGCUGAAAUCCCAUUUGAAAAGAAGCCUCCCCCGGGUUUUUAUGAUGUUGCCGAUGAAGAUCGGCCAGUUGAACUGAUUAAGUUUCCAACCACUAUUGAAGAACUGGAAGGUGAAAGAAGAGUUGAUAAGGAAGCAAGAUUAAGAAAGCAAGAUGCUGCUAGAAAUAAAAUAGCACAAAGGCAGGACGCUCCAUCAGCGAUAUUGCAAGCAAACAAGCUUAAUGAUCCAGAAACAGUCAGGAAGAGGUCUAAACUAAAUCUUCCUGCACCACAGAUUCCAGAUCAUGAAUUGGAGGCAAUUGCGAAGAUAGGCAUUGCUAGUGAUCUUGUGGGGAGUGAAGAAAUCUCUGAAGGGAAUGCUGCGACACAUGCUCUUCUUGCAAGCUAUGCUCAAACACCACGGCAGGGGAUGACUCCAUUACGAACACCUCAGAGAACUCCUGCAGGUAAGCAAGAUGCCAUUUUGAUGGAAGCAGAAAAUCAGCGGAGAUUGACUCAAUCUCAGACUCCUCUACUUGGGGGAGAGAAUCCUAUUUUGCAUCCUUCAGACUUUUCCGGAGUAACUCCUAAGAAAAGGGAUACUGCAACACCAAAUCCUCUAUUGACUCCUUCAGCCACUCCUGGAAGCAUUACCCCUAGGGUUGGCAUGACACCUAGCGAUGUGUAUUCUUUUGGAAUGACACCGAAAGGAACUCCUAUAAGGGAUGAGCUCCACAUUAAUGAAGACAUGGAUAUUCAAGACAAUGGAAAGUUAAGACAAUCUUCUGAUUCUAGAAAAGAACUGCUUUCUGGUUUGAGAAAUCUUCCACCUCCCAAGAAUGAGUACCAGAUAGUCAUUCAACCUGUUCCUGAAGACAAUGAAGAACCAGAGGAGAAGAUUGAAGAAGAUAUGUCUGACAGGAUUGCUAGAGAGAAGGCUGAGGAGGAAGCAAGGCAGCAAGCAUUACUUAAAAAAAGAUCGAAAGUACUGCAGAGGGAGCUCCCUAGACCUCCACCUGCUUCAUUGGACCUAAUCCGAAAUUCUUUGAUGAGAGCUGAUGAAGACAAGAGUUCCUUUGUUCCCCCAACGCUGAUUGAGCACGCUGAUGAAAUGGUAAGAAAGGAGCUUCUACAAUUGCUAGAGCAUGAUAAUGUAAAAUAUCCACUCGAAGAGAAAACUGACAAGGAGAAGAAAAAAGGCUUGAAACGGGGGAAAUCUGUACCUAUUCCUGCAAUUGAAGAGUUUGAAGAAACUGAUCUAAAUGAGGCUGACAAUUUAAUCAAUGAUGAGGCUCAAUUUCUUCGUGUGGCAAUGGGUCAUGAGAAUGAAUCUCUUGAUGAAUUUGUUGAGGCUCACGGAACAUGCUUAAAUGAUGUUAUGUAUUUCCCUACUCGUAAUAGCUAUGGUCUAUCUAGUGUUGCCAACAACGUAGAAAAGCUUGCUGCCCUACAGAACGAAUUUGAAAAUGUGAAGAAGACGAUGGAUGACAAUACUAAAAAGGCACAACGUCUUGAGCAGAGGAUAAAAGUUCUUACUAAUGGCUAUCAGAUGCGAGCUGGAAAACUUUGGUCACAAAUCGAGGCAACCUUCAAGGUGAUGGGCACCACGGGGACAGAACUUGAGUGCUUCCAAGCUUUGCAAAAGCAAGAGCAAUUAGCAGCAACACAAAGGAUCGGUAGCCUCUGGGAUGAAGUUCAGAAACAGAAAAAUGUUGAACAAACUCUACAGAAACGAUAUGGCGACCUAUUAGCUGAGCAAGAAAGGGUUCAGCAUCUAAUGGAUGCAUACAGAGUACAAGCGCAAAUAGAGGAAGAAAUAGCAGCAAAGAACCGUGCUCUUAAGCUAGCUGCAACUGAGGCUGCUGUAAGUCAAACUGUUGCACCAGAUCAUGGAACUUCCAAUCUUGUAGCCACCACUGAGGAGGAAAACUCCAUGCUGGUUGAUACAACUGAUGAAACGACAAGCCAACAGAAGGGUGCUGCUCAAGAACAGUCGGAGCUGAGUCCAAAACACGGGAUGGAUAUUGAUGCAGUGGAUGAGAAUACAACUUCGGCCACGGUUGACCAAACCAUGCCAUAUCCUGUUAAAGAAAAUUCUCUAACCAGUGAUACACAUGGGGAACCCAUAACAAAUGGCGAGGGCUUCGAUUCUGCUGGUAGUGUUCAGUUAUCUGUUAGUGAUGAAAAUCCAGCAACUGGGGAUUCCACUGGAACUUCUCUCGACAAAAACCCUGAUGUAGUCAACAUGCACGAGACUGCGAGGAGUGGUGGUGCUGUUAUCAAUGGAUCUGCCAAUGACAACUUAUCUGGUGACCGAUUUGUAACAGAGGAUACAGCAACAGUUGAAUGUCAACAAAAUGUGGCGGGAGAGAAUGCAAAUGGUGAUAUUGUAACUAAUCAAGAACACGAGGUUCAUGAAACAGCUGAAGAUGGUUUCACCGAGAGGGAUACUAACUAG